GAACCGACUCAGUGGCUGAGCUCGCGCACUCCUCUUUCACAUCCAGAUGUAAAGUAAGUAAUUAAUCACUAGUUGAAUUACCGGAUUAAAGCUCGGGAUGAAAAGCAGACGCUCUUUCUCACUCUACUUUAAUGUAGAACAUUUGUUUAUUGAAAGUUUUUUGUUUGAGGUGUUUUUGCUGUAGCUCGCGCGCAGCUCUGUUCGGUAACUCAGUGCUGAUGGAGUUUAAUGGGACUUUCUCUAAGUUAAACCGCACGUGCACGCUCCUGUUUGCCGUGUGCAUCCUCCACCUGUCCGUGGUCAUCAUCUUCUACCUGAGGAACCUCAGGACCAUCCAUAUGCCGGUGGCGUCGCAGUACGUGACCAGCUCCGGUGUACCGGCCACAACAGAAGUGGGUAUGGAGAGUAUUCAGUACUGUCCCGAGACCCCUACACAUUUAGUGGGUCCGCUUUAUGUGGACUUUUCCAAUCCGGUGAAGUUGGACGAGUUGCUGGCGGACACUCAUCUGUCUCUGGGUGGUCACUUCAGGCCGAGUGAGUGUGUGUCUCAGCAGAAGGUGGCUCUCAUCAUCCCGUUCAGAGACAGAGAACAGCACCUCAAUUACUGGCUCUUCUACAUGCACCCCAUCCUGCAGAGGCAGCAGCUCGACUACGGCGUCUACGUCAUCGAGCAGCAUGGUAAUGAAAUGUUUAACCGAGCGAUGCUGCUGAACGUGGGCUACAUGGAGGCUCUAAAGGAGUACGACUACAACUGUUUUGUCUUCAGUGAUGUCGAUCUGAUCCCCAUGGACGAUCGAAACCUCUACAAGUGCUACAAGCAGCCGCGACACCUCUCUGUAGCCAUGGACAAGUUCGGCUUCAGGUUGCCAUAUGAUGAGUAUUUCGGCGGUGUUUCCUCACUGAGUAAAGAACAGUACCUGAAGAUCAACGGCUUCCCAAACAACUACUGGGGCUGGGGGGGUGAGGACGACGACAUCUACAACCGAUUGACAUUUAAGGAAAUGUCAAUUUCCCGACCAAACCAUGAGAUUGGCAUGUGUAAGAUGAUCCGUCAUGGAAGAGACAAGCUGAACCAACCUAACCCUCACAGAUUCUCGCGAAUAGCCGAAACGAUCCAGACAAUGGAGAAGGACGGCAUCAACUCACUCAGCUACAGUGUGGUGAGCUGGGAGAAGAACAAACUGUACACCAAAAUCGUGGUGGACAUCGGAAAGCCUCCUCACUUAUAAACCCCAAACACCUUCACGCUUUUCUGGCAUCAUAAACUGUGAGUUCUUUAUGGAGAAGAACUCAGGGACACGUCUAUGGAUUGCUGGAAAGCAUGAAGUUUACUUCUUCAUUCUUAUCUUUAUUUUAUUUCUUUUUGACAACUGACCGGAGAAAUCCUCUGGGAGAAUUCUGAGGAGGAAGAGUUUUGGGAUAAAACACAGUGAGCAGGUGAAGGUCAAGAGCAGUAGGUGGGUGGAGGGCGUGAUCACAGCUGCAUCUCACUCUCACUGAUCUGACAGGAAAUACAGGCUGUAGAGUGUGUGUGUGUGUGUGUGUGUGUGUGUGUGUGUGUGUGUACAUGGUGUCAUGUUACCCACUCUUUAGGCCUGGAAUCUAUUGUUCUGACACAGGACCAGAAUGACCUGAAGUGAGUCAUUAUGAACUGAUCGCCACACGGCCCUGUGUUAUUAGUGGCUUAGUGACGAAUUUAACACACCUGAACAAAUCGUUUCAUACCUGGAUGCUGUACUUCAGUCAGAGAUGUGUGUGUGUGUGUGUGUGUGUGUGUGUGUGUGUCUCUAAAGAAACCCAAAGAAUAAGCACUCCUUCGGUUUAAACAAUGUGGUAUUGCAUACUGAAAUAAGGGUGUGUUCAUUUGUUUAAAUCUGUGACAGUGCAGUUGACCGUUUAGUUGAUUUCCUCAUCAUCAUCAUCAUCAUCAUCAUCAUCAUCAUCAUCAUCAGUGUCAUUAACCUGCUGGACUCUGGAAUUUAUUUUAAAGUUAAAAGCUAAGGACGUUAUGACGCUGGACUGUUUAACGUCAGAUUUCUAGAACUCACCCUGAGCUCAUGACUUCCCACCUACUGGAGCUCUGAAGGUCCAGUAGAAGUCUGGAGCAUGUGGAAGAUGGAGUUCAUAUCUGGUGGAGUUUUAUUCUGCAUGUGAAAGUCCAUCAGCUGUUUGUCAGGACUGUUUAAGGAAGCACUGGACUUCUCUCUCAUCCUCCAUCGUUCACUUCCCCUAGCAGCUCAGUAGUGUGUAUCAUGACACUAUCUUUAGGUGGGCGUGGCCUGUCUGACUUCCUGGUAAGAGAUGGGAGGGGCUACGGAGAUGACGCAAGUUAUCUAAUGUGCUGCCAUAGAUAUCUAUACACUAGAUGUCACCUUGGGGUCCUAAAAAUGCUUCAAAACCGCCGCCAUCUUUGUACAGUGCUCCUUUACCUCAAAUGCAUGGAGGAUGCCGGACUUCUGUGCUGCAUUUGGUUGUUCAAACGAAAGAAAUCUAAAAACCAGACAGUAAGGGAUUACAUUACACAGGUGAGAAUGUGUUUUAUGAUGUUGAAUGUUAGGAAAUUAUAUUUCUGGUUACGUUUUAGUCCUUGGUUAACGACCGCAGCUAAUCCAUACUAGUUACUCAUUAGUUUGUGACAGUUAGGAAAACAGACAAUGUUUGUAGAUUCCGAAGCUCUUAUUAAGGACAAGCAUGACCCAUGUUUUUUUGCUUAAAGGUAAAGACCCAACUUUAUGUUCUGUAAGAUUCCCUUAUCUGUCAAACAUAUUUUAUUAGAUUGUCCUGGACUUAACACAAGCAGAACGCUCUUUUAUCAACUUACUUCACUUAAAGACAUAUUUAAUGACAUUAUGUCUGAAAAGGGUUUGGAUUUUUUUUAUCGUAUGUUAAUAAAAAUAAAAAAUUGUAUAA